AUGGCUGUGAUUUUAGUGGCUUUCACUUUGAUGUGCUCCGGGUUAUGGGACAGAGGUUUACUCGCAGUCGGUCAAACUUGCGUGGAUGAGAGUAGGUUUAAAGAACAGGCGGCAUUCGUCGGGCAUCCAUAUCAGCUACAGUGCCCUCUGAAGAUUGUUCAGAGCACAUCUCAAACACAGCUAACGUGGCAAAAGGACUGCGUGCAGCUCCCUACAAAUGAGAGCAAAAUCUACCUGGACUUUAACAGCCUAAGUUUGGAAGACCAAGGAAAUUACACCUGUAAGCAACAGAGCAACAGCACGGUCACAUUUACUGUGCGUCUCCUAGUUAAAGAGUCUCAGUGCUCCAAGGUUCCAGAAUUUAAACCUAACGGGGGUUCGACAACACUCUGGGAAAAUGUGGGAUCCAGUGUGAAACUGAACUGCUCUGCUCUCCUCUUCUGGGACCCAGCAGAGAAGCAAUGUGACACCACGUUGCAGUGGAGUAAAGAUGGUCAUCCCCUCAAUAACCACACACUUUACUCGCUGAACACAUCAUCAUGGUCUCCCGGUGCCAACCAGCUGAUGGUAAAUAGCUUCCUGGUGAUCACCCUCAGAGAGCUGGAAGAUUUUGGGCUGUACAGCUGCACAGUGAGGAACAUUUCUGCUGACUUCAGUCUGAAGAAUCUAGGCAGCCCCAGCCACACAGGUGCUGUGAUUGCAGCCGUCAUCCUCCUCCUGUUCCUGGCUUUAGCUGCUGUCAUUUACUCGAGGUGCCACCUGAACAUCAAACUCUGGUACAAGAACUCGUAUGGAGACUAUGAACUCAAUGAUGGGAAAUUAUAUGAUGCCUAUAUCUCAUAUGUGAAUAAUGACUAUGACAGGAAGUUUGUCAACUUCGUACUCAAACCUCACCUGGAAAAUAUAAAUGGGUACAAAGUGCACCUCAAUGACAACGAUAUACUACCUGGUGCAGAUCCUUCUGCAGAGCUCCUAAUGAACAUGAGUCGCUCUCGGCGCCUCAUCGUGCUCCUCUCUUAUGCUUACCUUGAACAGGACUGGUGUUCCAGUAACUUCAGACAAGGCCUCCUGCACUUGUUGGAGUUGUGUCAGCAGCCCAUCUUCAUCUUGUUGGAUGGUCAGUAUAAGCGCAUGAGGCCAGAGGUCAAACAGCAGCUUAGUGAGCACCAGCACUGCCUCACCAUACUUACCUGGAGACACAACUCUGUGACGCCUUCAUCUGUCUUCUGGAAAGAGCUAGCUUUAGCAAUGCCUCGCAGUGUUGUCUUCCACAAGGAGUCUGCCGGUGACCCUCAGACGUUGCUAGAGGAUGACAAAGACCCGAUGCUGACCCUUCAGCCGGACUACCUGGACUGCCGUUCAGAUACCGACCCUGCCGGUGAUUUGGGUCUUCGCCUCCCUGUCUACAAAGCUUUGGCCUGCAAAGCUCCAGUGCUCCCCGCUGCAACCAGCUCAGCAGCUGAGCCAAAACCCUCUGACAUCGACAUCUCGGACCUGGGAUCACGCAACUACGCAGCACGCUCAGACUUUUACUGCCUGGUCGCUGAGGACAUCUGA